AUGUUCGGCCGCUCCCGCAGCUGGGUGGGCGGCGGGCAUGGGAAGGCCGCCCGCAGCAUCCACUCCUUGGACCACCUCAAGUAUAUGUAUCAUGUUUUGACUAAAAAUACAACAGUAACAGAUCACAACCGCAACCUGCUGGUAGAGACCAUUCGUUCUAUAACAGAGAUCCUUAUAUGGGGGGAUCAGAAUGACAGCUCAGUAUUUGACUUUUUCUUGGAGAAGAAUAUGUUUGUUUUCUUCUUGAACAUCUUGCGUCAGAAGUCUGGUCGUUAUGUGUGUGUACAGCUUCUGCAGACUCUGAACAUCCUCUUUGAGAACAUCAGUCAUGAAACAUCACUGUACUACCUGCUCUCUAAUAACUAUGUAAAUUCUAUUAUUGUCCACAAAUUUGACUUUUCUGAUGAGGAGAUCAUGGCAUAUUACAUAUCAUUUUUGAAAACUCUUUCCCUGAAACUCAACAAUCAUACUGUACAUUUCUUUUAUAAUGAGCACACGAAUGACUUUGCUUUGUACACUGAAGCUAUUAAAUUUUUUAACCACCCAGAAAGCAUGGUCAGGAUUGCUGUUAGGACUAUAACUUUAAAUGUCUACAAAGUGUCAUUGGACAACCAACCUAUGCUGCAUUACAUUAGAGAUAAAACUGCUGUCCCUUAUUUCUCCAACCUCGUUUGGUUUAUUGGAAGCCACGUGAUAGAACUGGAUAACUGUGUGCAGACUGAUGAAGAGCACAGAAAUAGGGGCAAACUGAGUGACCUGGUAGCAGAACAUCUUGAUCAUUUACAUUACCUUAAUGAUAUCCUUAUCAUUAACUGUGAAUUUUUAAAUGAUGUGCUGACAGACCACCUACUUAAUAGGCUCUUUCUUCCCCUCUACGUGUAUUCAUUAGUCAAUCAAGAUAAGGGUGGAGAGCGUCCAAAAAUAAGUCUCCAAGUUUCUCUCUAUCUUCUUUCUCAAGUUUUUCUAAUUAUACAUUAUGCCCCUUUGGUGAACUCAUUGGCUGAGGUUAUACUCAAUGGUGACCUUUCGGUGUUUUCUUCUAAAGUUGAGCAAGAUAUACAGAAAAACUCAGCAAAGUCAAGUAUCAGAUGUUUCAUAAAACCAACAGAAACACUUGAGAGGUCUCUUGAAAUUAACAAACAGAAGGGGAAGAAGAGGGUGCAGAAAAGACCCAACUAUAAAAAUGUUGGUGAAGAAGAUGAAGAGGAGAGAGGAUCUGAAGAUAACCAAGAUGACCUAGAUAAAACUAAAGGUACAGAAGCGAGUUCAAAGGGCAUCAGAACAAGUAGUGAAAAUGAAGAAAUAGAGAUGGUAAUCAUGGAGAGAUGUAAACUGUCAGAAUUGUCUGUCUCUACUGUGACAGAACAGAAUACAACAGAUGAAGAAAAGAGUGCAGCUGCCUCUGGGAAUGAGAUAACAAACUGGAACAGGCCUUUUCUUGAUAUGGUCUAUAAUGCACUGGACUGUGCUGAAGAUGAUUACUAUGCCCUCUUUGUGCUCUGUCUUCUAUAUGCAAUGUCACACAACAAAGGAAUUGACCCAGUCAAGCUGGAGAGAAUUCAACUUCCGGCUCAACAUGCUGAAGAGAGAAAUUCAUAUAAUCAUGUACUUGCAGAAGGGCUCAUCAGGAUAAUGAAUUAUGCUGCACAACCAGAUGGAAAAAUCCGUUUGGCAACUUUAGAACUUGGCUGCCUGUUGCUGAAGCAGCUUGUGUUUUCUAAAAAUGGAAGCAUCAUAAAAGAUGUUCACCUUGCUUGCCUUGAGGGUGCAAGGGAAGAAAGUGUUCAUCUCCUUCGUCGUUUCUAUAAGGGAGAAGAAAUUUUUCUGGAUAUGUUUGAAGAUGAGUACCGGAGUAUGACAAUUAAACCCAUGAAUGUAGAGUAUUUGAUGAUGGAUGCCUCAAUCUUGUUACCUCCAACGGGGACACCACUCACUGGUAUUGAUUUUGUGAAAAGAUUGCCCUGCGGAGAUGUGGAAAGAACACGAAGAGCAAUCAGAGUUUUCUUCAUGCUCCGUUCGCUGUCACUGCACUUGAGAGAUGAACCAGAAACUCAGUUACCGCUCACAAGGGAGGAAGAUCUGAUAAAGACAGAUGAUGUUCUUGACUUGAAUAACAGUGAUCUAAUUGCUUGUACAGUCAUAACAAAGGAUGGCGGUCAAGUUCAAAGAUUCCUGGCUGUGGAUAUUUACCAGAUGAGUUUGGUUGAGCCAGAUGUUGCCAGACUUGGGUGGGGUGUAGUUAAGUUUGCAGGCCUUCUGCAGGAUAUGCAGGUGACGGGAGUAGAGGAUGACAGUAGAGCUCUGAACAUAAUAAUUCAUAAGCCUGCCUCAAGUCCUCAUUCUAAGCCCUUCCCUAUCCUUCAAGCUACGUUUAUUUUUUCUGAUCAUAUUCGCUGCAUUAUUGCAAAACAACGUCUUGCAAAAGGCCGUAUCCAAGCUCGGCGUAUGAAAAUGCAGAGAAUAGCAGCUCUCCUGGAUCUUCCUGUUCAGCCUUCAAGUGAAGUUGUUAUGGGUUUUGGACACAGCUCUGCAGCUACAGCCCAACACCUUCCAUUUAGAUUUUAUGAUCAGUCACGACGUGGUAGCAGUGAUCCUACAGUGCAACGCUCUGUUUUUGCAUCUGUUGACAAAGUUCCAGGCUUUGCUGUAGCCCAGUGUAUAAAUCAGCACAAUCCAUCACCACUCUCAUCACCAUCACCUUCCAGUGGCAGUGGGAGUACAGGGCGCUGUGAUUCAGUAACUGCAAGCUCAACAUCCACUCCUUCUGCUGCCCAGAGUCCAUCAGAUGACGCUUCAGCUCCAGAGCAGCCUCAGAUGACCAUUUCUGGUCAGACGAUGUUGACUGAUGAAACUCUUUCUGCUGUCUCAAAACCUAGCAAGAAUGCUGUAAAAAACAGUGACAUAGAAACCACAAACCUGUCUCCUAGCCUGAUUCCUGCACAGCAGCCCACAAUAUCAUUAAUAACAGAUGACAAUACGGAUGCACUAAGCGUGGAGUCGCUUACACUGGUGCCACCAGUUGAUCCACACAGCAUUCGAACAUUCAGCUGCAUUCCUCAGUCCUCUUUGCAAUCUGAAGUUGAAGUUUGCAAGGUAAAAGAGGUAGAGGAAGAAUGUUCUGACUAAAGUCAACCUGCAGAGUGUGAUAAACAGUUGAAGCAAAUGCAACCAAAUUCUUCAUUGUUUUUUCUUUGGGAGUGCAGAUACUUCUUGAAGCCUGAGAGGCCAUCUGGUCUGCAAGAAAAGGCCCACUGAUGAAAGAGAAUGUGGGCAGCUUUUAGAGU